AUGUCUAAAUCUAAACAUGUACGCGAAGCCUCUCCAGAAAUUGUUGAAGAUAACGAUGAUUCUGAGUUUGAAGAAGAAAAUAAUAAUAAAAUAACAACAUUAUCAAUAAUAAAUGAAAAAUUGGAUUUAUUAUUAACAAAAUUUGAUAAAAUGGAAACUUCAAUUAAUAUUCUUAAGAAAACUGUUGAUAUAUUAGUAAAUAAACAAACAACAAUCGAUAUAACAAUAUGUGAAUUACAGAAGGACAAUUUUGAUAAAUCAGUCAGCAUCAUCAACACAGAAAAGUGCUGUACAAAAAUUUUGGAGUUAAUUGAAGAAAGAGCUUCAUCGUUCGAAAGUGCCAUUCAAUAUGCAUCGGACCAAAUCAAAGAACAAGUUGUUAGUUCAGUUUCUUAUGGUAUGGAUACAACACACAGCCCAAUUAUAGAUAAAUCUACAUUAAUGUUAUUAAACCAACCGAAAAGCACAGCGGCACCGGAAUCAACACCAACUGAAGUCAUAUCAUCUGCAAACGAAUUACUGUACUCACAUUAUGAUUUUGAAUCGUCGCCAAGUCGUACUUCAAAACGUCCAUAUGAUUUAAAUAUAGAUAGUGACGAAUCAUUUUUAUCAACUUCAAUUAGUGUGAACCUUUUGUCGAAAAGACAAAAAGCUGAUAGUCAAAUUUCAACCAGUAUGUCUACGAAUUUAUCUCCAUCAGUUAAAGCGUCAAAUAAAGCUCAAGUAGUUCUCACUGAUCCUAAUACACAAACAACAUUUCACGUUAUGAAAGAUAAACAUGAUAGACAACAAUUGGCAACCAACCAAGAAUUAUUAAACAAAGAAACUGGCUUCCGUCAUCUUUUGGCCCAUCUUUAUUCAACAUUAUUUACAGAAGAAGAAUUAAAAGUUUCAUCGGUUGACGGCUGUGUUCGUGGUACAAAAGCAUUUGAUCCAGUAAGAGUAGCUGCCAUUGAUAAACAUUUGUUUGACUUAUAUGGUGCAAGAUAUGCAAAAUUUCGUACAAGUCAUCAAUAUAAAGAAAUACUGAAUAAGAAAUGCAGUCGAAUAAGAACAAAAUUUAAUAAAAGUAUUAAUAAUAAUUAG